CUAAAAAACCAGUCCCCCCCCCGCAUUGAAUGUUGCCUUAUAUGGCCUACAGAUACGUGAAAAAUAAACGAGAAAAGAAUCAACGAGAAAUGGAUAGUGAUUUGGAUUCAAUGGUACGCAGUAUUGUGCCGGAUAAGACGGUAAUAUGUGUCCCCAAUGUGGCCGCAAAAUUGGGUGAAGACUCGAAAGAAUACAUCCCGGGAACCCUUUCAAUCGUCGAAAAGUCGUCAGGUGUCUUCAUUGAAUGGAAACCAUCCGAAGACGCGGAAACCUCGUGGGUGAUGACGUCAGACGAUGGAAAUACUGAAAUGGUUCAUGCGAGAAGUCCUGAAGAGAAACAAAAGUGUGGAGCGCGUGUCGCCUUUUCGAUGGAUGUUAAUGAUUUGAGCAGUUUUAGAAAUGAUGAGCCCAAGAGAGAUUCAGGAAGCGGUGGAUUCCCAUCGAUUCGCCUGAUCUGCCGUGAUGGUAGCAGUCAAGUUCCGCUCUUCUUCAAGAAUACAACAACCGCCGAGUUUUUGGACCGUCUGCAAGGAUACAUCACCCUCCGACGCUCACAUCGUGAUUCUCAUCUUGUGAUUGUCGUUGAUCAGAAGUCUGAGGCUCUUGCGAAAAGUGUCAGUAUGUUGGAUGAGAAUGGAGACAUUCUUUCGAGAUUCAUGCAAAAUCCCUAUAUGACAGCGAUGACUGGCUUCAGUAAGAUCACCUCAUUCGUACAGGAUCAGGUGAUCCCAUCAGUGCUCAAUGAUACGGACGCGGUGACUCAAGAGGAGAAGAUCCGUCUGAUGAGAGAGCUCCGGCUGGCUGAAGAGCAAAUGCGUGUGCAUUCGGAUGCGGCUGGAGAAUUUGAAGUUGUCACACAGUUGGAACUCCCGCCGAGACCCGAGAUUUAUAGAGAGUUGCCCGUUUCCAAGGACUUGUGGAAUUCGUUUAAGCUCUCGAAUGGCUCGUACGAUCCGAUGAAGCUUCACCAUCUGAAAAUGAACGUGUUCCGUGGUGGACUAAAUGCAGAACUCCGUAAAGAAGCCUGGAAAUGUCUACUCGGCUACCGUCAAUGGCACGAAUCGGACACAGAUUUCCAGACCAGACGUGCAGAACUCGCCAAACAAUAUGAGAAUAUGAAGAAGCAAUGGAUGUCGGUGACUGAGGAUCAGGAGAAGAGAUUCACCAAAUUUGUUAAGAGAAAGUCGCUUGUUGAAAAAGACGUUGCCCGCACCGACCGAACAGUUCCAUUCUUCCAAGGAGACGAUAAUGUGAAUCUCGUCCAUUUGCACAAUGUGCUAAUGACUUAUGUGAUGUAUAAUUUCGAUUUGGGAUAUGUGCAAGGAAUGUCUGAUUUCGCGUCACCACUGUUGUUUGUUAUGAAGGACGAAGUUGAUACGUUCUGGUGUUUUGUUGGAUUGAUGGAAUUGACGCAGAAGAAUUUUGAAACGGAUCAGGCGUUUAUAAAAUUGCAAAUGAAUCAGCUCAGGGAUUUGGUGAUGAUUAUUAAUCCCAAAUUGGCUAAUUAUUUGGAAAGCGAAAAAUCAGACGACAUGUAUUUCUGCUUCCGUUGGGUUCUUGUAUGGUUCAAACGGGAAUUCUCAUUCCUUGACACGUGUAAAUUGUGGGAAGUACUGUGGUCUGGCCAACCGUGUCCACGAUUCCUACUUCUUAUCUGUGUGGCUAUCUUGGAUUCACAAACCAAUAUUAUCAUUGAUAAUCAGUUUGGGUUGACUGAGAUUUUGAAGCACAUCAACGACCUAUCAAUGCAUCUGAAAGUGGAUGAGAUCCUGACAGCAGCCGAAGCGAUAUUCCAUCAACUCUCCGCAAGCCAGAAUAAGCUUCCGGCUCACAUUUGCCAAUAUUUGAAUAUUGGAGAGUCGGCAGUGAGCUCCAGUAAUAAUAGCCCAUCGAAAAGUGACCCGGAUCGUGUGGACUUGUGAAUUUUUCCGUGAAUUGUGCUGCAAAUUCGGGAAAAAAUGUGCUGAAGUUUAGUGGAAAUUUGAAAUUGCAGAAAAAUUCAUUUUUUAAAAAUUGGAAAUUUGAUUUUUUGUGAAUUUUGGAACAUUUUAAUUUGUACAUCUAAAAAUUGCUAAAAAUUGAAAAAAUAUAAUUUUUAGAAUAAAUUCUAAAUUUUGUUUUUACUAAAAUUAUGAAAAAAAAAACGAUUUUUUUUGCGAAAUUGAAAAAAGCCUAAAAAAUCUGAAAAUUUUCAAAAAAAAAUUUUUUUUCGACAUUUUCAGAUUAAAAAAAAAAUUAAUCUUAAAAAUUAGGUUUUUGUAAAUUUUUCCAAAUUUCCUAAAUUUUUUUGGCGAAGUUACCAUUUUUCUUCAAAAAGUUUCAAAUUCUGUAUUUCUCUGGACGUUUGAAUUGUUUUUUUCCAAUUUUUUCCAAUAAAAAAUUUUAAUAUUUUUCUUUUUUGGAAAAUUCAAAUUUUCGGAUUUUUUUUUUGGAUUUUUCAAAAUUUUUCCCAAAAUUUCAGCUCAUUUUCCCCUCCAUUUUCCCUACCCAAUCUCUAUUUUAAAAAAUUGUACAUUUUUGAAUAUUUUUCCCAUCUAUUUCCCAAAAAAUUGUAAAAAAAUUCAUCUAUCCACUGUGAUAUUCCUAAUGAUUAGUUAAGUAUAUCAGGACCCUCCGCUUUUCCGUUUCCAGGUUUUUUUUUCUCUGAAAAUCGAUAUUUUUUGUAUAUUUUUAUUGUUCUAAAAACCUUCCCUCUCAUAAAUUUUUUUGUAAAAAAAUUUGGAAAAAUUUAAUUUGAAAUAAAUUUAUUUUUAAAUACUAA